UUGUCAUCGGGUGCGGCAAACCCUGAAGACAUAUUUAUGUAAACAACUUCCUCUAGAUCGCUGUGAAGAAACACAUUAUCGACAUCCAGUUGAUGAAUGAACCAGCCACGAGCCCACGACAAGGAGACAACGAACAGUGACAAGCUUGACAACAUGCACAAAAGUAUCAUGAUAAUCAACUCCUUCAACCUGUGUGUACCCCUUGGCCACAACACGAGCUUUGAAGCGUUCAAUCACACCAUUGAGAAGAAAUUUUGUGCGGUAGACCCAUUUACAAUCAAUGGGAGUGACUCCAGGAGGAAGCUCAACGAGACUCCAUGUCUUAUUUGCUUCAGAGCAUUGACUUCUGUAACCAUGACCGCUCUCCAAUGUGCAUAACACACAGCUUGGUGAAAAUAGUGAGGGUCUCUAGAGCUAUCAACAACAACUAUGAAGGCUCAAAAAGACGGUAAUGCUCGAGCAUGGGAGACAUGGUGGGAUAUAGGAUAUCGGAUGUGAGAAGCUUGAUGAUAGCAUCGUAUUUGCACGUGUUUUCACUCUGGUUUCCUGCCCAUUUUGGCUCGAAUUGAUUGUUCCUUGGCCUAUUUUACGCUAGGUUGUGUUCCUUUGUCACAUUUCAGGUCCUAGCACAUAAAGUGAAGCAUAGGCGCAAGUUUCAAGUCAAUCAGAGAUCAAUUGACGAUUCGGGAGAAGAAACUCGGGUAUGACAUGAAGAAGAAUGGAUUUAUACCUCACUUUAUGGACAAAGAAUCAUGCACGCUUGUCAUGAAAAGAAAGAGGACGAGACUCGAGCGUCUGGGUUCAAACGGCGACUGAUUUGGAGUCCGGACGAGGGAGAAACGAAGCUUUGAACAGGAGCGGAGACAGAAUUACGGGCAGCCCCUGACAAAUUACGGCCGUAAUUGGCCAGGGCAUGCCCGUAAUUUAUUGGCCGAGCCUUCUACCCAGAAUUGCCUCGAGGUGAUAAAAUUACGGGCAAGACCCCAAGAAUUACGGCCGUAAUUCCCAAAUUACUGGCGGUAAUUGGGAAAUUACGGGCGUACCUCCUCCUCCUGCAGCUUAAGCGAAACGUGCGUUUUGGUGUGAAUUACGGGCAGGAAGUGAUUACGGCCGUAAUCCUGCCCGUAAUUCGCCCAGAGUCGGGUUUUUGGAGGCAGAUUCGAGCCAAGGAAGAGGAAUUCGAUUUUCUGAGCAAAAACAGAGUUUUAGAGAGAGAAAGAGCGAAGAACAAACCCUAGGAGCUAUUUUGGAGUGGAUUUCUCAUCAUUGAAGCCCAGAUUGCGUCCCUAGGAGUGAAGAUUGACAUCCCAGAGCAGAUUUUCCUCAUCUUUAUGAGUAUGGCUACUCUGAUUUCUGUUUUCCUUUCUCUCUCUAUGGAGUAGAACCUUUCUCUCACUUGGGUAUGAAGAACCCUAGUUCCUUGUGUUAGGAAUUUGAUUGUAAUGACUUGGGAUGAUAUUACUGUUUGAUUUUAAUCGAAUGAUGCAUGUUUAUUGAAUUGAUUGGAGUCUGAUCAGCUUUUCUCAAUUUCUGCUGCAACCUGAGAUAGAUAGAAUCUGAUUAGGUUGUUAGAGCCUCUUCAUUCGAUAGUAGGAGACUGGCUAUACGAGAGUUAGCUAGUUUACUGCUUUGUACUGGAAUUCAAUUCCAGUAGUGGAGUUCUGUGUUCAUAGCCUCAGCUUUCUAUCCCGGUGAAGACUAGUCGUCUGCCGGGUAGUUAGACUGAGAGGGCUUGGUCAGCUUAAGAGAUUCCAAGCUACUGUCGGAUCUUCCGCAGUCUAAUCAACAGUAAAUCAACCCAGGGAAUUACGAUUGAACCUAACUAAGGGGCUAGGGGGACUCAUUCCCGAGUGACUCUUAUCUGCUUUUGAAAACCGAACAGUUUACUGCUUUCUUACUGCUUUUGCUUUUAAACAACAAUCACUCGAAUUAGUUUGCUAGAUAAUAUAGACUCACGGAGUAAGCAGUAGAUCUAGACCCCGGGUUGAUAAUUAAACUUGCCUGUUACCGCAUUCCCGGACUGCGAUUUCACUUGGUCGCAGUUUGGUGUUGUGUUUUGGCGUGUCAAGUUUUUGGCGCCGUUGCCGGGGAACCUCUAGGUUAUUGGGGAAGCGUGAGAAUUUGUUACUCUAGCUUUUUAUUUAUUGCACUUUCUUUUCUUUUCCACCCUUGCUUUUCACUUGGGUGUUAUGUUUUUGUUGGUGCAGCUCUGAAACAUGGAUCCUCAUGGCUUCUACAACCAUUGGAGGUAUCAACCACCAUCCGUGUGGUAUUACCCCGAGACCUCCUGGAGCAAUCAAGGAGGAGAAGACUAUGGAGUCGGAUGUCAGUACCAACCCCCCUACUAUGGAGAACAACCAAACCCUUGGGAACCUCAAGAAAAAUACCCUUUUCAAGAAGAGUUCCUGCCACAACCAGAGGGGCCAUCUGAGUUGGAGUUAGCCAUGGAGACCUUCGCGGGCCACUCUGCAGAGCCAUGCUACACUUCACUGGAAGAUCCGAACAAACAAUUAAGGCUUCUCGUGGAGCAGUUUGCUCGAGACACUGAGAGAGCAUGCUCCAAGAUGGAUCUUCAAAUCCAAGCCCUUGCCUCUUCCGAUCCCUCAUUGCUCCAUGACAUGGAGCAGGCUGUUCAGUGCUCAGCGAAGCAAACAGAGUGGGUGAAGCAAAUUUGCUCACAUCCUGCUCAAGAUCACCUUUCUGCUACUACGCUAGAAGAGGCAGAGGAUGACAAGGGCAGCGGGGGCGUUGAGGAGCCUACAGAAGUUAUCACAGAGAACUCCCAUAAUGAUCAUGAUCAGGAAAUUCCUCUGGUGGCAGAUCACACCGUUCCUCAUUUAUGCUCUAGCAUGUUGGGCCUGUGCGAGGAGAUGCAAGAUGAUUCCAUUGAAGAAAUUGCUUGGCGACUUGCUCUCCAAUAUGUUCUAGAAGAAGAAGAGCGAGCAAGGAUGAGGAGGAAAGUUGUGGAGGAUGAGGAAGAAAGUAAAGAAGAGGUAGUUCUUGAUCUUUUCCAAGGGAAGAGACCACAUUUUGAAGAAGGAAGGGGGGUUGUGGAGGCAAUUGGCGUCCAGGCUGAGGAUGAAGUUGAGGUGGAAGAGGCUUGCACCGAGCCUAUGCUACACUUGAUAUCUCCACCAGACUUCGAGGAGCUGCUUAGCAAGGACCCAUUUGCGGUGUCUCUUUGCCAGACUAAGACCACAUCAUCAUCAAUCCCUCUUGGUGGAUACGAUGGUGGUCAAUCGAAUAUAUCUUAUCUGGUUUGGGGCAAUGAGACAAGAGCAGACGCGAAGGAGAGGUCUCAAGAGUGGAGACUUCAUCUUCCUCAAGGCCACGAGCCAUCUUCAUCACCUAUCACAUCACAUGCUCGUGACUUGAGACUCCACCUCAUUAAUGAGAACCUCAACUUCAAGGAGGUUUUGGGGUGGACCGAAACUUAGGAGCCACCGUCUGGCUAAGACGUAAAGAAGCGCUUGUGGGGAGGCAACCCCACCAAGGUUUGUUUUUCUUUCGUUUGUUUUUUUUGUCGGUUUGUCCACUUGGAACUAUGGUUUCUAUCACCCAGUGUGUUUUGCUGAUGCUAGCCUCGCUGACUGGUUCACUUCCAGUCCCCCAGCAGUGUUUCAAUCCGGUAACAUCGUUCCCCUUAUCUUUCCCUCUACUCCAUUGAGGGCAAUGUCGUGCUUAAGUGUGGGGGGGUGCUUUGUAUCGGUUGGAAUAUAUGUUUGUGUGCUUGGAGCCUAGUCCGCUGUCCGAAUCUUAUGAUUUGAGGGCUCCGAGUACUGCUGUUUGAUCAUAUUGGCACUGUGUUUUGAUUGAUGAAUUGAACGGUUUUCGGAUUAAUGCAUGACAACUUGUUGGUGACUAGGACAACCUAUAAUGAGGACUGAGAUGUGCAGUGGAACGAUGUAAGGGUUCAGUUUUUCAACUGUUUGCUUACCAACUGUGACUUGGAUGGAUUACUUGUUCUUGACAGUCGUUUAUGCAUCUAGUUCAGGGUAUCAGAAUGCGAGAUAGAGCAUAUAGGUAGCCAUGUGAGAUUUGAGCCUGCUCGUUUCUUUCUUGUGCGAUAGAUCCCUCUUCCAUGAUGUGUAGCAUUCACGUUGUCACUAGCUAGGAUGAUGGGGGCAUAGGAUUAGCCCACGCCCAAAAACUGACUGUCCUGAUGUGUCAUAUCCCCUAGUCAGCCCCUUUGAGCCGUGUGUUAUCCUUUCUUUUGGUCUAUAACGGAAAAAUCACCCUUGUUGCAUUUUUUAGAAGGUUCCACAGAGUGGUUUUUACAUAUUUUCUGCUGUUUCUGCUAAAGUCUAUGUGAGUGUUGGAGGUAGUGCUUAAAAGUUGGGCAGGUGUUUGAAAUUUGUGCAGAAGUGGUGGCUCUCUUAAGAAAUGAAAAGAAAAAUGAAAGUAAAACAAAGAAAAAAUUGAAAGCAAAAGAGAGCCACUACCAAAAAUCUGAAUAAUGCCCAUUAAGUAGUGUUUCUUAGCAGUCUGGCUUGGAAAUGCUGAUGUUUAUGCCUCCUUCGCUCUUGUGCUCUUGAGAUGUUGAGUAUUGCAGAAUAGCAGAAAGGGAAUACCGUUUUGUUUGACUGUGAUUGUGUGGGUUUGGAAAUGUGGAACCUUGUGCUAUGAAUACUUCCACCACCUAAAAGGCCUUUUCCCCAUGUCCAAGACCCUAGCCAGUCAUUUGAACCUGUGUCUAAGACCUCCUGAUUAGUUAGUGAUGACAUUAUGUAUGUGAACUCUAGCAUUUAGAGGCUGCCAUCAUGGUGAAGAGAUGUUAGGGAUUGAGAGAAAUAGCAUGCGCAUUUUUCGCAUUAAAUUGUCCCGACCCCACUGGUCGAGAGUGAGUGAUUCAUUUUCAUAUUCUCUAUACUCUUGUACCCCGGUGAGGACCUAGAUUGCUCGGUCUCUGUUCUGAUGUCUUGAGUUGGAUGCAUGAGUUGACUGUUUUGAGUGAGUGGUCGAUCCAAGUCUGGGUUGGUUGGUGAACAUAAGGGAAACUCUUCCGUUGCUCGAUUUGGCUGCACUCGAAUGUCCUUUGUGGUGGUUGUUCAGGUUGCUAUUAAAGUUGUUCAUGUGUUGAUGUUUGAAAACCAGUUUGAUUCACGUGUUCUGUGCCUUUAUGAAUUGUCCCCAAUGUUGGUUGAUUGAAAUAUGUGAGCUUACCUUGUGUAGUACUUGGUUUGCUUGGGGACAAGCAAACAGUUAAGUGUGGGGGAAUUUGAUAGCAUCGUAUUUGCACGUGUUUUCACUCUGGUUUCCUGCCCAUUUUGGCUCGAAUUGAUUGUUCCUUGGCCUAAUUUACGCUAGGUUGUGUUCCUUUGUCACAUUUCAGGUCCUAGCACAUAAAGUGAAGCAUAGGCGCAAGUUUCAAGUCAAUCAGAGAUCAAUUGACGAUUCGGGAGAAGAAACUCGGGUAUGACAUGAAGAAGAAUGGAUUUCUACCUCACUUUAUGGACAAAGAAUCAUGCAAGCUUGUCAUGAAAAGAAAGAGGACGAGACUACGAGCGUCUGGGUUCAAACGGCGACUGAUUUGGAGUCCGGACGAGGAAGAAACGAAGCUUUGAACAGGAGCGGAGACAGAAUUACGGGCAGCCCCUGACAAAUUACGGCCGUAAUUGGCCAGGGCAUGCCCGUAAUUUAUUGGCCGAGCCUUCUACCCAGAAUUGCCUCGAGGUGAUAAAAUUACGGGCAAGACCCCAAGAAUUACCGCCGUAAUUCCCAAAUUACUGGCGGUAAUUGGGAAAUUACGGGCGUACCUCCUCCUCCUGCAGCUUAAGCGAAACGUGCGUUUUGGUAUGAAUUACGGGCAGGAAGUGAUUACGGCCGUAAUCCUGCCCGUAAUUCGCCCAGAGUCGGGUUUUUGGAGGCAGAUUCGAGCCAAGGAAGAGGAAUUCGAUUUUCUGAGCAAAAACAGAGUUUUAGAGAGAGAAAGAGCAAAGAACAAACCCUAGGAGCUAUUUUGGAGUGGAUUUCUCAUCAUUGAAGCCCAGAUUGCGUCCCUAGGAGUGAAGAUUGACAUCCCAGAGCAGAUUUUCCUCAUCUUUAUGAGUAUGGCUACUCUGAUUUCUGUUUUCCUUUCUCUCUCUAUGGAGUAGAACCUUUCUCUCACUUGGGUAUGAAGAACCCUAGUUCCUUGUGUUAGGAAUUUGAUUGUAAUGACUUGGGAUGAUAUUACUGUUUGAUUUUAAUCGAAUGAUGCAUGUUUAUUGAAUUGAUUGGAGUCUGAUCAGCUUUUCUCAAUUUCUGCUGCAACCUGAGAUAGAUAGAAUCUGAUUAGGUUGUUAGAGCCUCUUCAUUCGAUAGUAGGAGACUGGCUAUACGAGAGUUAGCUAGUUUACUGCUUUGUACUGGAACUCAAUUCCAGUAGUGGAGUUCUGUGUUCAUAGCCUCAGCUUUCUAUCCCGGUGAAGACUAGUCGUCUGCCGGGUAGUUAGACUGAGAGGGCUUGGUCAGCUUAAGAGAUUCCAAGCUACUGUCGGAUCUUCCGCAGUCUAAUCAACAGUAAAUCAACCCAGGGAAUUACGAUUGAACCUAACUAAGGGGCUAGGGGGACUCAUUCCCGAGUGACUCUUAUCUGCUUUUGAAAACCGAACAGUUUACUGCUUUCUUACUGCUUUUGCUUUUAAACAACAAUCACUCGAAUUAGUUUGCUAGAUAAUAUAGACUCACGGAGUAAGCAGUAGAUCUAGACCCCGGGUUGAUAAUUAAACUUGCCUGUUACCGCAUUCCCGGACUGCGAUUUCACUUGGUCGCAGUUUGGUGUUGUGAAGAGGAGGAUGCUUCGCUCGAAGCAGGACUGAUGGGAGACAAGCUGGCAUGGGACAGCGAGGUCGACAAGGAAGGAGUGACAGAAGAAGCAGCACGCGGGCUCUCGGGAUUGAGAGGGACGACUUCAGCCGCUGCUUGCGGAGUGACGUCAGCCGCUGCUUGAGGAGAACUAAUACUGAAUAUGAAUUUAUCUAGUUUUACAUAUGAGUUAACAUCUGGACGAAUGUGAGUUGAAAUAGUACAAAUAAUGAGAAUUUGAUUAUUUUUCAGUUGACACUAAAUAUGACAAAACUUUGCAUAAAAUAUGAGUUGAGUAAGCAAUAAGUAUUAGUCAACUUUGUAUUGAAUAUGACUUGAACCGACACUGAAUAUGAAUUUAUCCAUAAGUUAACCCAUAUUUAAUGGAGGCUAAACUCAUAUGCAUUGUGAGUUCAAAUGAUAUUUAGUGUCAAAUAUGACUUGAACUCACUACGAAUAUGAAUUUACUUGUUAAAUACUUAAAUAUGAAUUGACAUUUGGAUAAUAUAAGUUAUACUGGUACCAAAGACGACGAUUGGAUUUUUGAGUUGGUUGACACUCAAUAUAAUAGUAUUUGGUACUAUGGAUGAGUUGAAUAAAUAUUGGAUAUUACUUUACAUUGCAUUGAAUAUGAAUUGAACAGAGCUUGAAUAUCAGUUUAGUUGUUGUUAAAUAUGAAUUGACAUUAGGAUGAAUAUAAUUUAAGUGGUACCAAACAAUCAAAUUCUACUUAUUCAACUCAUAUUCGUUCACAUGUUAAUUCUUAUUUAAAACCAGAUAAGCCCGUAUUCUGUGUAAGUUCAAGUCAUGAUCCGUACAAUGAUAUUGAACUGAGUUUACCAAUAAUGAAGUUGAGUUCAUCUUGUAUGGAAUGACUCACAUCUACUAAAUAUGAAUUUAGUGAAUAUGAGUUGAGAUAAUUCCAGAAUAUGACUUUACUUUGUAAAGUAAUAUAAGUAUGAGUUAACUGAUAUUCAAUGUUUACUCAACAAAUAUUGAAGUCAAAUAGAUCGAUCUCCACUAUAGUACUAGUUCAACUAAUAUUUGAUACUAGGUUAGAUCUUAUUCAAUACCAUAUUAACUGAUAUUCAAUGUUUGCUCAGCACAUGUUAAAGUCAAAUAAACCAAUUCUCAACUCUAGUACCAGGUCAAUUAAUAUUCCAUACAAGGUAAACUAGUAUUAUGUACUAACCUCAACUGAUAUUCACUGUUAACUGAUAUUUACUGUUUACUAAAUGAGACCAACCUCAACUACAUCGUCUACAAUCUGUCUUCAGGGAACAAAAAAAAAUUAUAUUUACUGCAAGGUACACUUACAAUUGCUAGAAAAGGAAUUGAAAAAAAAUACAUAGCAAAUAACCCACCAAUAAACUCUCAAUGAUAUAUACAUAUACAACAUCAUAUACAAUUACAGCAGCCUGAAAGGAUUCACUCUAGUCUUCAUGAUCUGAUGGGUUAAAAGAUCUGUUUGCGAUCAAAUUGAGAAGAGUUGUCAUCCGGAUGAAAUGCUUCCAAUCAAAAUGCCCAUCAUCCAAAAGAAUCCACGCCGAGCCAUCCUGAAAAUUAGUUAAUAUGAAUAUGAAUUUACCUAGUAUUAUAUAUGAGUUAAUAUCUUAAUGAAUAUGUGUUGAAUCAAUCACAACAUAUAUCAUAUAUGUUUACAUCUACUAUUCAUUACAUACGCACACUACAGGCUGCAAGUUGUGUCUGAAACAAAUCAACAUAUAUUUAGUACUAAGGGGUAUUUGAAACUCAUCUUUGGUACCAUUUGAACUCCUAUUCAACAAAAUAUCAACUCAUUCAUCAAACGGGUACAAACGAGAAAAAAAUCAUAUCUCAGUCAUCGAGAUAGAAAGUUGUCAAAAUUUCAGUUAUCAACAAGAAAAUACCAUAUCUCAAAGCAAUAAGAAAUCACCAAUUGAAAACCAAACGAGAAGAAAACCAAUAAAACUCGUGAAAACCAGAACCGCCAAUCCAAUUCAGACUCGUCGGAAGAAGUAGGGAGACCAGAGAAGAUAAUUAAUAGAAUGCUAAAAAAAUGCUUAAGAAUCGAGUCGACUUCCAAUUGUGGGUAAAAGUAGAAGAGGAACCUUGAAAGUGUAGCCGCAGAGCAUGAGCUUUCUGACGAGAAUGCGGCCAAAGUGGCUUGUGGGUUUGACGACGAGGACGGUAGUGUUCUGAGCACCAGGGACGCCGAACCCGCACUUGGGGCCUUCUCGGGAUGAGCAGCGCGUCCACAAAAAGAAGCGAACGGGACCCACAAAAAGAGUGGCUGGCUCGAUUUAGCCGCUCUCAUUUAGCCAUCAAAGACUUUUUGAAACCCUUCCUCUAGCCAAACAAUCACAACCAUUAAGAUUAGCUUUACAUGAUGUGGCUGCAUCCCAACCAACCGUAAAUGCACCGUGCACACAAAAAUAGCUAUGUGCACCAUAGCCAAAUUGGCCCCUGACAGGCAGCAACUUCUUGCGCUGCUGCAGAUUGCAAUCAUAAAUUUGAACGAUUUUUCUCCAAAGCUUCUUCGACCACCAAAUUUGAACUAUUUUGCCGCCGUGGAAUUCAACGUGAUCCUCAUUCAUUCCCAUGAGCGACCAAUCUCGUCCUUCGUCAUUUCUAUUAUUUGCAAACUUACUAGCCUGCGCGUGUUUGGAUUAGCGAGAGGGAGGUUCGAGGCAAUUCAAUCAGAAGAUGGAAGAGUACUUGCAGUACGUGAAGGCUCUACGCUCUCAAAUGAAUGGUGCCUCUCUCUCUCUCUCUCUCUCUCUCCCGUCUAUGAGUUAUCAACAGAAACCUGAGAAAUUAAACGUAAAUUGUAAUGAUGAAAUUGUAGAUGUGGAAGAUCAAGCAGCAAAGGCAUCAAUGGAAGAGCACGCUCUCGUUUUUACUAUUGGAGUCGUGGAGAACGAUCUCAACUCUGGUUUUUCCUUUGCUUCGAAUUACUCUUGCCUAUCUUUGAGUGUGAAUUGCUUGUUUGUUCGACACUUGUUUUUCUCCUAUCUGUUUGUCUUUAUUUUUUUUAAUCGGUGUUUCAUUAUCUUCGUCCAAUUAUUCCAACAAUUCACAUUAUCUUGCACUUGGCCACUAUUUAUCUUGUUUUUUUUCCACUGAAUCUAGGAGUUAGAUAACUAGAAAAUCUCAACUGAGGUCACUUGGUUAGUUUGUUGAAUAGAAAGAUUCAGGGAGAAUUUUUUUUUUUUUACUUCUAACCAACCAAUCUUAUAAUGUCCUUCAGAAGGUGGUUCUAGUCAAGGAAGCAUAGAAGGGGAAAUGACAUGUUCUAAGUUCACAAGGAUGAUACGGUUCCAUCAAAAUUUUAAAGCUUAAUUUAAGAUUCAGUAAAAGUGAUGGAUGUUUGAGAUUCUUCUUUGAUUACUUGGAGAAUGGGGUGUUCAUAUCUUUGAGAACUUCAUCUGAACAUGAAUUAUAUUCGAUUACAAUACAUAAGCUAAUCAAGUAAAUUUUAUACCUAUUUGACUCCAAUUGUAAGCUUUGAAAUUAUUGAUAGUCUCUCACUUGUUUAGGCAUCAGAAAGACACAUGAGCCAAUUCGUCCAUCUCCCUUGCCCCAAUAACAAAACAAGCAUCUAGAUGCAGGACCUGCAUUCUUAAUCUAACUGUAUGAAAACUUUAAUAAACUCAAGCUGAAUGCUAAGUCGAACUAUGAAAAACCUAAUUACUUCUGGACUCCUACCUUGAACAGUGUAUACUACAUGCAGCCGUCCUUUCUUCUACUGUUUCCUUAUGCUUUUAUUUUCCCUCUGGAAUAAAAAUCUUAGCUUCUUCAGUGAAUCUUGAAAUAAAUUGUUGUGGCAACAUACCAACAAAUCAAUGAAGAAAGUUCAAGUGGUAAUAGCUCUUAAAAACAUUGAAUUUGGCUUCCUAAUGCAUUCAUUUUAUACUCACCCUUCUCUGCUAUUUUGCAGCAAAAGCUGAAAAACAACAACUCAAUGAAGAUUUAGAGAAGACUUCAAGGGUUGAAGCUCAGAUAUGCUCACAGAUACAGGAGAAACAAAAAAACGAUUGCCUCUCUAGAAUUGAACUCGGCAACAAUUACCCAAGUACUUACAGAAGUAUGUCAAGCAAAAGUGAAAAAUAAAAUAAAACAAAGGAAGCCUUAAAUGAACAACAUGGCAAACUGAUCAAGCUCUCUUGCAUGCUUUUUGCGUGUACUGUUGCUUGUCAAGAUCUCCCACCCCUAUGACCAGUCUCAUUAUGUUUUACUCUUACUUUGUUGUUUAUUGGUCUGCUACUCCUCAGACAUUUUACUGAAUCAUAAAUUCAGUACAAUAUCUCUAUUGCAGAUUCAAUGCUUUCGGAAAAAGUUCCAAUGAACAUAGGUCUUGUUAGCUAAUUACUAUGUUUAUUUUAAAAUAGGUAAUUACUAUGCGUAAUGGCCAUCCUUCUAGCUGAACUGAAUUUGCCUACUCUGGGCAUUGGCUUAUCUAUGUAGAAAGCAGUGAUAGCCUUCACGAGAGGUGCAAAAGAUGCUUCCUUUAGUUCCAUCUAUCUGACUGUCUUGCAUGCCUACAUGGGAGCUUAUACAGCAAGAACGAGCUUGCCUGCCAAAUUUGCAGGAAUGAGGUACAGAAAGUAUGAGUCACUAUAUUUUAGGCAUUAAUUUCUCUUGUGAUAGUGGUUCUGAGUUGGACAUGUGUAUUGUAGCAGUACUUACUAUUUCGGGGUUGCAGAUGGUGUCAAUUCAGAACUCAGGCAACAAGAGGUAUAACUCUUAUUCUCUCUUGAGAACCUUUCUGAUAAAUUUGACAUGCGAGGAUUUGAAUUUUGAACUGAGGCAGGACUAGUUCAAUGUUCUCCGAACUGGGCAAGAAGAUAGGAAGCAUAUGAUUUAAGAUCAUUUCUAGAUCUUCUUCUCCUUCUUCUUCCAUAAGAACAUAAAAUACUAUUACAUUG